AUCCUUGUUGACGUGGCAGUUGAGUUUUGUCUAUCGCGUGAAGGGUUUCCCGUGAGUCUCUUCUGUGGAUUGAUCCUCCUUCUAUCUCUCCCGAUCGUCAUCAUCGCCUACCUCUUCGUCUCCGAAGCUCUCAGUAUCCAAAUCCUCAUCUACAUCUCCUUCGCCGGCAUAAAAAUCCGCGACAUCGAGCUCGUCUCCCGCGCCGUUCUUCCACGGUUCUACGCGGCGGAUGUGAGGAAGGACAGUUUCGAGGUGUUUGAUAAAUGUAAGAGGAAAGUGGUGGUCACUGCUAAUCCCAUAGUGAUGGUUGAGCCCUUCGUUAAGGAUUACUUGGGAGGAGAUAAAGUUUUGGGAACAGAGAUCGAAGUGAAUCCCAAAACGAUGAAAGCCACUGGGUUUGUGAAGAAGCCUGGUGUUCUUGUUGGAGACUUGAAGAGAUUAGCCAUCUUGAAGGAGUUCGGGGAAGAAUCACCGGAUCUUGGCCUCGGUGACCGCACCUCCGAUCAUGAUUUCAUGUCCAUCUGCAAGGUCCUCAAGCUUGCAGAAUAUCUUGAAACCUGGGAGAAGGACGACAAAACGAAGCUUAUACUGAUCAAGGGUGCAGGGAGAGCUUUCUCAGCCGGUGGUGAUCUAAAGAUGUUUUAUGACGGCCGUGAUUUAAAGGAUUCUUGCCUUGAGGUUGUUUACAAGAUGUACUGGCUCUGCUAUCAUAUCCACACUUACAAGAAGACUCAGGUUUCUCUUGUAAAUGGAAUAUCAAUGGGUGGAGGUGCAUCAUUGAUGGUCCCAAUGAAGUUCUCUGUUGUGACUGAGAAAACUGUGAGUUUAUGAGUUAAACCUGAUUCAGAUCUUGUUCCUGUAUUAGAAGAAACAAGUAUAGAUUCAACUU